UGCCAUUCAUUCCCCCGCCAUUCCUUUUUCCCUCCUUCCAUCAUCCACUAGCCGCCCAUCCAUCUGUCCAUCCAUCCAUCUGAUCAGGGAGUCCACAAACAUGCAUAGGACACUGCUGGGGCCAGGCCAUGGUGUGGACAUUGGGAAUCCAGAGGGCGAGUUUUAGGGUCUCAGCUACUGUGGAAACACAGUGCUGUCUCAUGAGUCCACCUGUGCCUGUAGGAACAGGUGACAAGGGAGGUGGAAGGGCUGGGCUGCACCUGGUGGUCCCAUGACAGGGCCACUGGGGUCCAUCCUGGGGUCCCAUCUGAGCCCCUCAAUUCAGCUUCAGUGUCUCUCCCUUAACCCCUGCUCUGGGGCAGAGCCCAGUCCUCCCAGGCACAUGGCCUUGCUCCUGCCUGGGCUGCCCCUCAGAGCAGAGAGGAAAGGCCCCUUGCUCGCAGCCCCACCUGCCCCUCCUGCCUCCCCAGCACCUUGGCGAUCUCUGCCCGGACCCGCCUCUGCCUGGCCCCAGAGUCAGGGCUGGGUGAAGGAGGCCCUCUCCUGAGACCCCACAGCCCACGAGCAGGGCCACUCCGCCUCCAGGGAGUGAGACACUUACGCACGCCUCGGGGUCAUGGGGAGAGCGCCCCGUUCUCCCACCUGAGGACUCCCGGCCCACGUGUCCUACCAAGUGCUCGGCAUGGCUUGGGGCGCACCUCUGCCCUGCAGCGUCCCCAGAUCUCGUCACAGCGUUGGAGUGUCUGCCAGGCAGGGAAGGGGUGGAGGGAAGCAGGAGGGAAACAGGACAGGGGUGGGACGGAGAGGCAGCGCCUUGCCCACACGCACCCCUGCGCACGCCACAGAGAGGAGAAAGAAAGGUAACUGAUGGGCAGUAUUUUAAGGCAUAUUAACUCAAUUACAAGUAUAUUUUUACAAUCGUGGCUCCAACAUUUAUCACGCGGCGUUUAUUAGCCCCCGAGCUGGGCUGUGUCAAAUGAAGACUGCGAAGCAGGAGCAUUUCAUUACGCUCUGCCCGCGCCGGGCGCUCCUUCCCGAGUCUCUUAAACCGCACGAUUUUAUCAAAAUCUUCGGAAAUUGAAGCAAUCACUAAAAGGUGUCGGGGAAUUAAAAUGUUCUGUCUCGGUGAAAGAGAUACACUUCUUGUAACAUAUAUCAGUAGUUCUUGUUUUUUUAGAGACACAUUACUAUGCAGAGAAAAGUCCCCCGUGCAGGAAGGGGCCUUCCAGAAGGAUCCGGCAGCGGUAAUUCUUCACGCUUAAAAAUUGUCUCCAGGAAACGUGCUGCCCGCGAGGGCGCCUUCCACGCCUGCCCCCCUCCCCUCUCUCUGUGCAUUUUUCCAGUUUUGUUCUCACCCUCGUGGUUUGGGGUCGCCUCGCUCCAGACCAGCCUCAGAUCUGAGGACGGGAGAUCGGAGCAGCCGGGCAUGAGAGGGAGUUCUGCCCGCGGCUGCGCCCCUGCGCUGGUGAAGCCUGUGGGGAGGGCUGUGUUUGGAGUCUGCCCCCAGAUUUCUCGAAUGUGGCUGCCUCUGGGUGUCCCCUUCCUGCUGCCGCCUGUGGGCGCAGAAUGACGGUCUCCGUGCGGUUUGUCCCAGAGCCCACGUGGAGCCCUUCGCUCCCCCUCCUCACCCCAUGGCCUGAGCUCCGAGGGUCCAGGCUAUGGGGCUGGCGGUGGUUUCCCCUUUCACCAAGGCCCUCAUCGUUUUUGGGGACGACCAGCGCAUAGAGCCCCCUGUCACCUCUGAAGCCUUGAGGGGGUGCGUGGGGGUCUCGCCUGACAGGGCAGUGGGAGCAGAGGUCCUGGAGGGCUGAUGGCUCCCAAGGAGGUUUGGCCGCUUCUGCCGCGUCCCCUGACCUGCCCCGCGGUGGAAGGCAUGGCGCGGUCUGUGUGCGGUCAGGUCUGCGGGAGGGGUGGGGUCAGGGCAGGCCAGCCGGGCGGGCAGAUGUUUCGUGGGGCCUGGCGGUCAGCAUCGGGUGGUCCCCCGCACAGGAGGGCCGGACCCCGGGGAGGGAGCCCGUCCUGUGUGCCGGUGCUGGCAGUGGUGCGGCACGGCGGGGGGGCGGUGCUGGCCAAGGACGCUGGCCCGGUCUGCGGGGUCAGCCUCACUGCCGCCAGCCGGGUUCAGCCGAGGCUGGAUUGGGGUCUGGAAGGCCCUCCACCCCUGGGGCAGUGGUGGGACCCCUGCGGAGGGCAGAGGGCUGGCCAGGCGUGGCUCCUAGCACCGGCCUGUAGGGCCUCUGAGAGCCGUGUCUGUCAGGAAGGAGCGUUAUUUCGGAAGCCCUGUGGCUGCAAAGCCGGGAGCAGAUCGACGUCCUUCAGUGAGCGACAGCAAAGUGCGCGGUGGGCGUCUGCACCCCUGUCGCCACCCAGCGGGAGGGGGCGAGCCUGGCCCGCGCUUGGCCGAUCUCCCGAGGAUCAGAUCCGGCAGCAAAAGCCAGUCCCGAAGCCAUCGUUCCAAAGGCCCCAGGGAGGGGCAGCUGCAUGGUGGUCGUCGUGUGGAGGGAGUUUCCGGGCUGACCGACCAGAGGAGGGACAGACUCAUGGUCCCCACCCCGGGCACAGGAGGCCUGCUGCCCUGCACGUCCCUUCCUCAGCCUUCAGCAAGGAAAGGAGCCCUGUUUCUGUCCCUUUGGCAGCUGGUGCCUUCCCCUGUCUCUGUGGCCCCCAGGGGUCCAUGUGUCCUGCCCUCCGACCCCUGUUCUGGGUUCCGUGGCUCUGCCGGCAUGCCCGCCCCAGCCAGCUUUCCUUGGGGACAAGCCCUUCUCCCCGGAGGGUGCGGCCGGUGGUCCGGUGGCAUCGCCCUCACCUGGGGCUGGUGGGGAGGAAGCAGCUUCUGCUUGACACCUCCGUGCUCACGGGAGAAGGAGGCGUGACCCUCUGGACCUUACACACGGGUCAGGACUGAGACAUCAUAGGGCCACGUCUCUGGAAGUUUGAGGAGGAAGAGGAAAGGACCCAAAAUAAUCACUGUUGUGAUGAUGGUCCCCACUCACCCUGGCAGGUGGUGCCGUCAGCCCCUGACUCACGACGGCCUCCCCAGGGCCCCCCAAGGGCUGCUGCACCCAGCCCUGCCAUGUGCUGGGCCCCUCUCUCCUUCCCUCACCGCCCACAUCAUCUGUCUGCCCCUCUGGAUGGGCGGCCCGCCUCUGCCUCCAGGAAGCCCUCCAGGCUGUGCUGUGUGUUGUAACCUGCGGUGUUCGUCUGCCUGCCACCUCUGUAGCCUUGUAGCGAGAGCCCUGGGAGGCAGGGCCCCCACUGGGUCCCCAGCUGCCCGCUCCUUCACCAGGGGCCCCGCCUGGGAGGGGCUCAGGAUCUGGCUCAAGGGACCCUGGGGAGACAUGUGGGGUCCCCGUGGACCCCCUCCUGCGGCAGGGCCCUCCCCUGGCCGCCCUCACCCCGCAGCUGUGGCAGGACCGUGCCAUUGCCGUCCGUACAUCGGUGUGGAGGGCGGCCCUGCAGGGACUGUAUCUCCGGCUCGUUGGUGUCACCGACUUGGCCAUGUUGGGGUCAGGAGCUAUCCCGCCCCGUCGUUCGUGUUCUCAAUUUAAUUGUUGUGC